UCCUUCCCUUUCAAUUCCUUUGAUAAAUAGCUUCCCCUCUAAUGGCUUUUGCUCUGGAGACAGCAUUUCCUAACUCCUGCAAGAGACACUUCUCCCCAGCAUGAGAGCUGCCCGGCUCCCCUCGGCCAGGACACCAAGUCUUUAUCUUAGCUUCUUGCUUCUGCUUUCCUCCUGGGUAGACCGAGGUGUGGUAGCCAAGGAGCUGAAGUUUGUGACACUGGUGUUUAGACAUGGAGACCGAAGUCCCAUUGAAACCUUCCCCAACGACCCCAUCAAGGAAUCCUCAUGGCCACAAGGAUUUGGCCAACUCACUCAGCUGGGCAUGGAGCAGCAUUAUGAACUUGGACAGUAUAUAAGGGAAAGAUAUAGAACAUUUUUGAAUGACUCCUACAGACAUGAACAGGUUUACAUUCAAAGCACAGACGUUGACCGGACUUUGAUGAGUGCUAUGACGAACCUCGCAGGCCUGUUUCCCCCAGAGGGUAUCGACGUCUGGAAUCCUAGCCUGCGAUGGCAGCCCAUCCCUGUGCACACGCUCUCUCUUUCUGAAGAUCGGUUGCUGUACCUGCCUUUUGGGGACUGCCCUCGUUAUAAAGAACUUAAGGAUGAGACUCUCAAAUCGGAGGAAUUCCAGAAGAGGCUGCAUCCUUAUAAGGAUUUUAUAGAAACCUUGCCAACAUUUACAGGAUACCAUACCCGUGACCUUUUUGGAAUGUGGAGUAAAGUCUACGACCCUUUAUUUUGUGAGAGUGUUCACAAUUUCACUUUACCCUCCUGGGCCACAGAGGACAUCAUGACUAAGUUGAAAGAAUUAUCAGAGUUAUGCAUCCUGUCUGUCUAUGGAAUUCACAAGCAGAAAGAGAAAUCUAGACUGCAGGGGGGUGUCCUGGUCAGUGAACUCCUCAAUCACAUGAAGAAUGCAACUCAGCCAUCGAACCACAGAAAACUUGUCAUGUAUUCUGCACAUGACACUACCGUGGCUGGCUUGCAGAUGGCACUAGACAUUUACAAUGGAAUCCUUCCUCCCUAUGCUUCCUGCCACUUAAUGGAAUUGUAUCUUGAGGAUGGGGAGUACUUCGUAGAGAUGUACUAUCGGAAUGACACGCGGCAUGAGCCAUAUCCGCUCACACUGCCAGGCUGCACUCCCAGCUGUCCUCUGGCCAAGUUUGCUGAGCUGGUUGCCCCUGUGAUCCCCCAAGACUGGUCCACGGAGUGUAUGACCACAAGCAGCAACCCAGUUCUAAGGGUCAUCCUUGCUGUUGCCUUUUGCCUGGUGUCUGGUGUCCUCUUGGUGCUGCUGUUUACCCUCAUCCGUCAUGGGCCCUGCUGGCAAAGAGACCCCUUUCGGCACAUUUGAACAGAUGGCUGAAUAAGGCCGACGCACCAGACCAACCUCCUGGACGCAGUACCUGUCAGUGAUGCCUCAUUGAAAGGACAGGCUUUCACCAUGUGGACAUCACCCUGCCCACACCCUUCCCUUUGAGCCUGUCAAGAGCAGGGUCUGAACCCAUAGUGACCAAGGGACUGAUGAAUGAACCUCAGGUUACUUGGUUAGGCCUCCUGAUGGUUGCACUCCUUAUUGUAGUGCAGGCUUCUCAUUCAGCUAGAAAGAGGUUCUUCUGCAGAGGAUAGUUGUAGUCUGGCAUGGAUAUCCAGAAAGAAAGAAGGAAGUUAAACUCCAAUCAGCCUAAUGCCUGCAAAGAGCAAAUGGUUACAACUUGUGACAAAGACAUAGAUUAAAGGAGACUGGAUAAUGAGGACAGUUACAUUAGAAAUAGCAUCAGGUAGGAUGAUUCUUAAGAAAUAAGAGCCAAUCAGAAGGUGUAAAUAAGCUGUUAAGUAAAUUGAAUACAAACACGUACACACUCCUGAAAAGAAACUCCUACCCAGUGUUUGAUAGCUAACAGAUUUCUGUAUGUGUAUAUAUACUGACACACAUACAUACACUUAGCAGUAUUGAAACUGCCUUAGAGAGAGGUAUUUAAUUCUCAGAAACUGUAAUAUCGACUACUGUAAUUGUAGGUCAGGUCAUUUUCCCCACAAUUUCUAGAAUGGGGAAUAACUAGAAAGUCCAUGAAGCCAUGUUUCUUUUUUCUACCUCUACCACGAGACUACAUUUUUAUAGUUCCACUUUCUUUAUUUCAUUUUAAAAGAGAUUUACUUUCAUGAGAACUUUUCAUGGCCAUGAUGAGAUAAUAACGUAUUUAAUCACCACAAAUGAAGCUAAAAUUCCCAAGCAGUGAAGUAGAAAGAAAAAUGGGAUGAAGGUUGAUGAUCCCCUGCCGCAGCUCUGCACUGGCCUUAGAGCAACAACUUGGAACAAGUUCUUUUAAGUCUUUUAAACCUUGGUUUAAUUAUCUAAAAAUGAAGAGUCAGGACUAGAUAAACAUAGAAGUCACAUCUAGUUCUCAUAUUCUGUGAACACUUUGUUUUUCAUUUCAUCUUAUGAAUUGGUCACUGUCCAAGCAAGCAUGUUCAUGAAUGGUACCAUUGCAGUAAGCCUGAUAUGUGUUCUAAACAGUCGUAACCCAUGCUGAGCCUUUAACUAUCCACUUGGUGGGAAAUUCAAUCUGAUUCAUCGGUAGGGAUCUUCACCUUCUCAGUUAUUACUAAAGGUCCUGGAUGGAAUUGGUGGGAAGAGUUGGAUAAGGGUCCAUUAGGCUGUUAUCUACAUUGGUCUCCAAAAAAAAACCCACUGUCUAUUCCCACAUGGUCUCCCGAAGGUAGGCAGAGGACAUCUAUGCAUGGCUCCCAAGACCAUGAACUUGGACUUCACCAUCGUGGCAUUGUCCAGUCCCCUACCUGGGACAAUACCUAUCAACCAGAAACCCUCCUGAAACUCCACCGCAUCUCUUAGUCUCAAGAAUCUUCCUCUCUCCUUGGAUUCCACAGCUUUCUCUUGAUAAACUUCACUUACCUCUAUCACCCUCACUUUCUAUGUAAUUUAAACUGAGCUAAGACUAUGCAAAAAACAAAAACAAAAAAAUCUUGAGAGGGAGUUGUGUCCUCUUAUCUGGCAUCUGCUUCUUCCUCCAGUAACACAAAAGGCAUGUAGGCAAAGAAAUGAAAGAUCUGGCUUCAUCCUCAAUGUGGGAAGGGGUAAAACAUCUGUUAACAGGAAAAACAAAUAACAAAUUACUAUCUCUAUAAAGUAGCCAGUCAUAUUAGUAAUGAGACCAUAAUAUCUUAUGCCAAUAAGUCAUGAGACUUUAAAACAGAAGUAGAAAACAGAACCACAAGUCAUGGAUCUUCUCAUUUAACAAACAUUGUUAGAGGACCUACUGUUUGCUAAUCGCUGGCCUAGAAGCUAAAUUGUCCAUCCCUAAUGUGAUUAUUAAGGUGUUUGGCCCCAACAACAGCCUUCUACAGAGUUGGUAGAAUGUGAAAGUAAAAGCCUUCACAAGCUUUCCCUAAUAUCAUCUUUUAAUACUGUCAAUGUUUAAUACUUUCUAUUAAUACAGUGUUUAAUGCUUUCUAUUGUUUCAGUGGGAGGAGGUUAAUAUCUACCAUUUCUCUUCCUUCUCCUAUCUCUUGAUUAUUGCAAAGAAAGCUGUCACUCCCAACGGAGUUGUUUCUUUUCCCUUCCACAGAGCUACUCUGUUGAUAAACACUGUAAUUGGUUUUCAUAGUUCAAGGCAGAGUGAAAAAUCACAAGUGACAAAUGAUCUUUGUUGAUAAAGCAGAGAGCACAGAUGUACUCUAACAUUCCCCAGGAAAUAAGCUAAUCGUCCAACUUCAACAGAAAGAUAUACAAAUUCUCUCUACUGAUAAAAGUGACUUUUUCAGAUGAGUCAGAGAAGCUCAGGUGACAUGAGGAGAAACACUGUUUGAAAGAAAAUUGUUAGGAUUGAGAUAACUUCUGCUCUACAAUGUAUUCCCCACAUCUGAACCACUAUAGAGGCCUUUGAACAGGAUUAGAAUAACAUAGUAUUUACCACAUCAAUGUAGGGAAACAGACUACCAUAAAAAAUAUCAUCAGUAUAUAUGUAGAAAAGUUUUAAGGAAGUUGAGGUAGAGUAUUCCUAGCUAAAAUGGUAUUGCAUAAAGAAAGCAUUAAGAAAAUAUGAUUAUAAAAAGAAGAAUUUGUGGUAUUAGAAGAGUACAAGACUUAGAAGCAAACAUUUUGUUGGAAGUCAUUCAACCAAGAAACCUUUUUAUGUGAGAACUGGCAUUUCUACUGCCUGAAUUCAGUCAUGGUCUCUGUUUUCCCAACUUCCUAUUCUCUUUCGUCUUGUUCUUAUAUUGCUAGCAUUGAUUCUCUCUUCAUAGCCAGGGGAGCUUCUUGGUAACUGAAAACCAAAAUACUAGUUUUCUCCUUCAGAACUCUUUUUAUAGAAACCCCAUUGGAGCAGUAAUGAAUGUGUGCUACAUUUUGGUGCCUUGGACCAGGAAUGUCGAGUAGAAACAUAAUGCAAGCCAUGAAUAAGUCCCAUAUAUGAGAUUUAAAAUUUUCUAAUAGCCACAUUAUAAAAAGGAAAAAUUAAUUCUAAUAAAAUUUAUGUAACCCAGUGCACUGAAAAAAAUCACUUCAACACAUCACUAAUAUUUAUUGAGUUAUUCGUCAGGUUUUUUAUAGUAAGUACUUGAAAUCUGAUGUGUAUUUUACCCUUCUAGUACAUCUCAAUUUGGAGUAGGUACAAGUCAGGUUUCAGAAGCUAUAUGUGGCUGGUGGCUACCAUAUUAGACAGUUAUACUUUUUACCAAUGACAAAGUUUUUGAAGCAGAAAGAAUGUUUUGUGUUUGUUUUUUUGUUUUUUUAAUUUGCAAGAUUCACUUUCAGGUUAUGGUGAAGAAAAGAAAGUCAUCUUUUAUGUGCCUACAUCUUACUAUUUUUGUGUGUGCUGAAUUGAUCAAGGAUUUUUCUGAAAUGUUUUAUUUGUAGACCUAUCUUCACAGCAACACCCCAAAUAUUUCCAAAACUAUCCUAUACUAAAUGAGCUAUUUCUUCUUCUUUUAAAAUGUCUAAAGAUGGAAUGUGACAACACACCUUAGAAGUUCUGCAAGAUUGGAAGAGGGGUAUUUUUAAAAUUUUUUAUUAAAUUUUUUAUUAUAAGAAAUUGUAUUUAAAACAAAAAUAAAUUCAGAUGAUACAGAAGAGUAUAAAAUACAAGAUAAAAUGUCUUUUUACCCAUUUCUAAUCAUCAGAGACAAUCCUGUCAACAAUAUCUGGUUUUAGUUAUUUUGGUGACUAGCAUGAAUUUUAUGAACUAUACUUAUACCUAGAUUUUCUGAAAUUUUACAUCUUUCCCUGCUUUUAUAACCCAUGGUGUCCUCUUUCUUGUAUUAUUUUUUUCAUUUUCUUUAAGUAAGUUUUUAAAGGACACUUGAGCACUAAGCUUUCUGAUUCUGAUAUGGCCAAGUAUGUGUGUAUUUUGCCCUCCCACUUACCUAUCAGUCAGCAAGGUAUACACUUUUAGGUUGAAAAUCAUAUUCCCCCAGAAUGUGAAUGUAGUAUUCUGUUGUCUUCUUAAUACACAGGCCUGUUGAUGAGAAGUCUGAUUGGUAUCAUUCUCAUCCAAUGUAAGUAAUCUGGUAUUGUUUAUUUCAUUUCUUUUCUUUUUUUCUUCUGAAAUUUUAAAAAGAUAUUUGUUUUAUUCAUGGAAUUCUGAAAUUUCACUAGGAUGUAUUUAGGCAUGGGUAUUUGUUUUUCUGUCUAAUUCUGUCUGGCGUAUACAGGUCUUUGACUUAAAAAAAUUGUAUUCUUGAAUUUCCUGGAUCUAUCUUUAUUGCUUCAACUUUUCUCACAUAUUUUCCAGAUUUUUAUUUUAUUUCUCUACAUUAUAGGAAAUUUUAUUUCCAGAACAUGAACUCAGUCUUCAGCAAAUCUGUUAUCUUCUCUUCUUGUUAUUAUUAUUUUAAGAAUACUUUCCUAUUCAUUGAUUGUUCCUUUUUGAUAAUGGCCACUUCUUAUUUUAUGAAUGCAAUCCAUUCUUGAAUAUCUUUAAGAAUCCUACUUGGAAUUUUUUUCAAAUUCUCCUCUGCUCCCUAUAUUAUCUCUGUUUCUCUGGGCUCAGUUGUUGAAAUGUAUUAAUCCUGGACCUUCUUUUAGACUUGGGUUUUUCUCAGGUACUCAUGAAUCACAAUCUACAAAUAAAGAACUCUGUGCAUUAGUGGGGA